CCUCUCCCCUCGCCCCCCCCCCCGGCCUUUGUCGGCUCUCCCUCGAAUUCCUGUCUCUGCGCAUCAUGAGCGACGCCGCCGUCGCCCCGCCCUGCAGCAGCGAGCUGCAGCGCUUCCUGGUCAAAUUCGCCGACUCGCAUCCCGCUUUCUGUGCCCCGGAGUUCCUGUCCGUGGCCAAGGUCUUGGGCAUCGAGUGUGCCAUCGAGGUGGACGGUCAGCCGGUGAAGGAUGCCUACUCUUUCAGCCAGCCGUCCCCCUUCAUUUAUGUUUACCUGCCGAAUGAGGCGGCGGCCCGGGCCAUCGCUCGGCGUAGUAUCCUCGUUCGUGCCAUUCUUCGUGAGUGGGCCUCGGCCACCUCGUAUGAGGAGCUCCUCGACCAAAUCCGAAAUGACCCCCCCGGGGACAUGGUUGACUUCCCCGCCGGGAAGACCUUCGCCAUGCGGGUGGAGGGCUACCAUCAACGCCUCUCGAUCGAGUACCAGCGGGAAAUGAUCAAUCGCAUUGGCGAAUGCUGCCCGCCGGCCGUAUACGAGCGAGGCCGUGUGAACUUGCGCUCGCCCGACGUCACCUGGUGCUUGAUCGAGGAGUACAUCUCGCGCGGGCCACUGCAGCGGGUGUACUUCGGCACCCGAGUGGCCGAGGGGAUCCGCGUGACGGAUCAUCUGCUAGAUCGGUUCCGGCUGAACCGCCGGUCGUACCUCGGCACCACGGCCAUGGAUCCGGAGCUGGCCUUCCUGAUGGCGAACAUGGCCUGCUCCGCGCCCGGCCGCGUGGUGCUGGAUCCCUUUGUCGGGACCGGCAGCCUGCUGCUGAGUGUGGCGGCCCUGGUGCCGGGGGUGCAGGUCCUCGGCACGGACAUCGACCCGCGCACGGUGCGCGGCCUGGGCCGGCCGGUGGCCGGGUCCCGGCCAGGGACCAAUGCCCUGACCAACUUCCAGGAGAUCGGCCUGGCCCAUAGUGUGGAUCUGGUGCUGUGUGAUGCGUCGCGGUCGCCCUGGCGGCUGCCCGGUUUCACCGGACAGUCGACCGCCCGCCUCGCUGGCUUUGUUGAUGCCAUCAUCGCCGAUCCGCCGUACGGCGUGCGCGAGAGCGCUCAGCAGCUGACCCAGCGCCUGCGGCCGCGGUCAUGCGCCGAGCCAAAUGAUGAGCGCUACAUCCUCAAGACCAAUUACCCGCCGGAGCAGGUGUAUGCGGAUCUGGUGGACUUUGCGGCACUGCACCUGCCCGUGGGCGGCCGCCUGGUGUACUGGCUGGCCGUAAUCACGGAGUUCUUCACGCCCGAGGACGUUCCCCGGCAUCCGGCCAUGAACCUUGUGGCCCUGUGUCCGCAAUCCUUCUCCCGCUGGACGCGCUUCCUGGUGGUCAUGGAGAAGACCCGCGAGCCGGCCUUCGAUGCGGGGUCCACCACGGCGGCGGGUGGCCCCCUACCGUUGGCUUGUAGCCUGGCGCCUGGAGCUGGCCUGGCCGCGGAGGAUCGUGCCUAUGUGGAAACCCUGCGCCAGGGCCGAGAGACAUCGUACGGGCAAUUCCGCACGCAAUACUUCAACACGGCCAAGAACGGCCCGCACGAGCCGGUCCUGCCACUUGCCCCCGGCGAGGGGAAGGUCCGGCAGACGCGCCGGCGUGCGGCCCCGCUGCCGGAUGCCGUCCCCGCCGUCGCGCCGACAGCGCAGCCGGAGGAGCAGUAG